CUCCUCGGUCUCGCCUCGCAAUCCACGUUAUAAGACGAACCCAAUGGCAUUCGGACCACGGGUCGUGCAGAGAGUCCCGUCGAAUCAUCCCGUUCCGCACCAGAAUUGAAAAUGCUCGACGAGAACCUCCCCACUUUCUACCUCAAACACAACAAGCAAUCCCGGCUCUGGUCCGUCUAUCUCUGCCAGCACGGAAACGAGCCGGAACCCGCCUACACCCUUCGCUAUCCUGAUCCCUCUUCCCCUUCCUCCCAUAACCGCUACGCCUCCGCUCUCUACGAUCCCUAUGUCUCCGACAUCCUCUUCGGCGAGGUUCUGAUUAUCCCUGAAUGGACUCAGCCCAGUCUCUCCGCGGAAUCCAUCCGCCAGAAUGGCGGCGUCGCGCCCCCUCCUGAACCCAUCCUUCCGUCCCGCUUCACCAUCAACCUCUACAACCCGGAUCAGCAAGUGACGGUGCACUUUAAGCCGAAGACCUGGAACAGCCCGGCGACAUGGAACUUCGAGAUGCCCCAGCACAGCUUCCGGCAGCCGUCUGCGUCCACCCUUGACCGUACCCAGACCGACCCGGCCAUGGCUGACACCACCCCGAAGCUGCGCUUUACCUGGCGCAAGGACAGCAAACUGUCCAAAGACCUCACCUGUUACCUGUCGGGGAAGACCACCACUCUGCCCGAAUCCAAGACGAAGAGCAAAGAGCCCGACAUUACGGUCUCCAUCUUCAAGAGCCUCCGUGAGCUCACGCUCUACGAGCCCAAUCUCUACCGCGUGGAGAUGGAAGACUUUAAAGGCCUCGAAGUCGUGCUUCUCCUCGGCGCCAUCACCAUCCGCGACGUAUACUUUGCAUCUAUGAAAGACGCAUUCCACGUCACCAAGCCGGCCCACAUGUCAAGCACACCCUCCCCCACCAAGGCCGACGGCAAGCCCCUGCCCACCCUCCCAGCCGCAUCCGGGGCAUUAAAUGCCGUCCAACCCAGACCUGAACCCCAACCGCAACAACCACCCCAACCACCCCCCACCACAACCCGAAAGACCCAACAACAACUCGAAGAAGAACGACGCACCCAACAGCUCCUCCAAGAAGAAGAGCAAGCGCGUCGCAGACGCCGAGCCGAGCGCCAAGCCGAAAUCGAUCGCGAGACGCGCCGUCUCCAAAUGCUCUACGGACAAGAGGAGGAGCAAGUGCGUAUGCAGACGCCCUCGCUACCUCCCCGCCAGCACCCCGCAACAACCCUCCCCUUACGACCCGCCAACCAACCCCACUACUCCUACCCGUACCAAGAUGGUCGCCGCCCACCAGCGGGCCCGUAUAUGUCACCGGGCCUCGAUCCACGCCGCCAAUCAGCCGUGCGAUUCGCCCUGCCGCAGGAGCCACCCGGACCGGCGGCAUCGACACCGGCUCUGCAGCCGAAGAAAAGCAGUUUCUUCCGUCUACGACGGUCUUCAACAGAUGAGGCCAAGUUGAGCAAAAAACGGAGUUCGAUGUUUUGAUGGGUUAUGAUUAUUUAUUUCUGUUUGUUGUUUGUUGUUUGAUACCCAGCUUGCGUUCGUGUACAUAGAUUUUUGAACUUCAUCGAUGAAGUCGUGCUGUCGUUUGGUUGAAUGCUCAGACUUGGCGCUUGUUUAUGAUGGACCUAGUCUCGGUUGGUGAUAAGGAUGAAUAUGACACCCUG